CAGAUAUCGGAGAGGAUACUGAGUUACUGCAUGAACAAACAAACAAUAAAACACAUUUUCACCUGAGCUUCCGGCGACUAAAAAGGGAGCAGAGCUUUGCCAUUGCCAGCGAAUGAGUGAGGUUGCCAAAAUUUAAACUAAGGACCCCUUCAACACCAUGGCAGAGUAUUACCAGAUUUUAGGAGUGCAGAAAAAUGCAACACAAGAUGACAUCAAAAAAGCCUACAGAAAAUUGGCACUCAGAUGGCAUCCAGACAAGAACCCAGACAACAAGGAAGAGGCAGAGAGGAAGUUCAAAGAAAUUUCUGAGGCUUAUGAAGUUCUGUCAGAUGCCAACAAGAGGCAUGUAUAUGACCGGUACGGUAAAGAGGGCUUAACCGGAGGAGGUGGAGGAGGAGGAGGAUCAUAUCACAACGGUGACCAGUUCGGCGGAGGCUUCACCUUCCGUAAUCCCGAGGACGUCUUCCGGGAAUUCUUCGGCGGCCGGGAUCCAUUUGCUGACUUCUUUGGGGGCGACCCGUUCGAUGACUUCUUCGGUGGUAGUCAGAGACAUCAGCGUGGCAUGAGUCGGAGCCGAACAGGGGGGUCCUUCUUCGGCGGUUUCGGUGGCUUCCCACCUUUCGGAGCCGGAUUCCCAGCUUUUGGUCCAGGCUUUAGAUCUUUUGGACACAUGGGAAUGGUGGGGGAUAUGGGGCAUAUGGGUGGAGGGGGCUUCACCUCCUUCUCAUCCACCUCUUUUGGAGGCAGCAGCGCAGGGAUGGGCAACUUCCGAUCAGUCUCGACUUCCACCAAGUUCAUCAAUGGCAGAAAAAUUACCACAAAAAGAAUUAUUGAGAAUGGUCAAGAACGAGUGGAGGUGGAGGAGGAUGGACAGUUAAAAUCUCUGACCAUAAAUGGAAGGACAAGUGACUUAGCUUUGGAAGAGGGGCGGAGACAUCGGGAGGCACGAGCUGGGUCCUCUUCGACACAGCAUCCGAGGCGCUCCGAGCACAGAGGGCCGCAGGCACACACACAAGUCCGAGAGCACACAGAAAUGAAGAGGAAGAAACCAGAACAGAAGGGAGAGGCCAAGAGGCACAAAACUUCCUGAAUUACUAUGAUUGUGUGGAGACACAUUCAUCGUAAUUAUUGGCAAAGCAAAGCUGUGCAAUAUUUGUGGUGUAAGGUGUUUUUUUUUGGUUUUGUUUGUUUGUUUUUUUUUUUGCUUUUUGUACUUGAGUGAAAGUAACUAAUCCAAGUCUGUAGUGAUGAGGCAGAAAUUGAAGUUAAGAUAAGUUUUACUGAUUUAGUUUACUGGUGUAGUUGAUUGACUGACUAAAUAUUUGGCAUUAACCUUGAACAACAGAUGA